UCUUACAACGAUGUCGUUUACGUUUGUCCGCGUUCGUAUUUGCAUAUCCGACGACUGGAUUCGGAUCCGUCCACAUCAGAACCCACAUUAUACUGAAACUCUCUCAAACGGAAUGCGAAUUAGUCGAGAGAGAGAGAGAGAGAGAGGAGUGUAAAUCUGAAGGAAAAUCUUAGAAGCAAAACAACGAAAAAAGGAGCGUGACGACUGUUGAUUUCAUUAUCCUGUUCUUCACGAGAAAAAGCUCACUUUUAUAUAUUUUAUAUAUUUUUCUCUCACUCUAUAGAUGCAUAUAUAUUAUAUGAUUAGUGCAUGUUCAGAGAAAGAAAAGGUGUAUGAUGAAUAAAGCUAAAAAGAAAAGGGUAAAGAAAAUUUGAAUCUGAGCUGCCAUUUUUGUGCAAAAAGGGAAAAAAAUAUGGCUGAUGGUCUCUGUUUAUUCUUUAAGUUUCAGGAUAGCUUGAUUAUGAAAAAUCCGAAGAAAAAUCCCCUGGCGUUGAGAAUGGUGGUUUUCAUGUUUGUGAUGGUGUGCGGGGUUUAUAUAUGUUCAGUUUGUUUAAGGCAAUACAGUGCACACUCCAGUGAACAUCUAUUAAAAGUUCAAGUGGGUGAGAGACCGUGUGAAGCGCCUAAUGUUGAACCUUCAGAAAAAACUUAUGUUCACUUUCCCAAGCCCAAGACUUUCAGCAGGUCUGAGUGUGCAUGCAAUCCUGUGAGAUAUUUUGCUAUUUUGUCCACUCAGAGGUCUGGGAGUGGAUGGUUUGAGACAUUGUUGAACAGUCAUAUUAACAUAAGCUCCAAUGGUGAAAUAUUCUCAGUUAAGGUUCGGAGGAGUAAUAUAUCGACAAUUGUGGGAACAUUGGAUAAAAUCUAUAAUCUGGACUGGUUUACGAGUGCUUCCAAGAAUGAGUGUACAGCUGCUAUUGGAUUGAAAUGGAUGCUUAAUCAGGGCUUAAUGCAGAAUCAUGAAGAAAUAGUGAAAUACUUCAAUGCUAAAGGAGUUUCAGCAAUUUUUCUCUUCAGAAGAAAUCUUUUGCGCCGGAUGAUUUCGAUACUUGCUAAUUCCUAUGAUCAGAAUGCUAAACUGCUGAACGGGACCCACAAAUCUCAUGUUCAUUCGACCCACGAGGCCGAGAUACUUGCUAGAUACAAACCUACACUCAAUACAACAUUGCUGAUACCCAAUCUGAGGCAAGUGGACGACAUGGUUACUAAAUCUUUAGAAUAUUUCAAGAGCACUCGACAUAUUUUUCUUUACUACGAGGAUAUAGUAAAGAACGCAACGAAAUUGAUGGACGUCCAAGAUUUUCUAAAGGUUCCACGAAGGGACCUGAAUAGUCGUCAGGUGAAGAUACACCGUGGGUCCUUAUCGUCACAGGUCGAAAAUUGGGUGGACGUUGAGAAGACGCUCAAAGGAACACGUUAUGAAAGCUAUUUACAUGAGGAUUACAAGAUGUAAAUGAGUUUGCGGUGCCAUGUGUAUAUAGAGCUUGUUUUUAGCUUAGCUUAUUCUUUAUUCUUUAUUCUUUAACUAAAGAAAGCUAACAUGCAACUCCCUGUUGAAAUUUUGGUGAAAGUCAUGUUGCUUCUUGAUUUCUCCUGCUUCAUUUUGACACUGGAUAUCUAUUAUAGUUGAUUUAUGAAUAUUGUACUUUUCUUUGCCUAA